ACUGGCAGUCCUCGUCUAACGUUCCCGCACACCGUUCCGUUCCGUCGCACGAUAAUUCCCAUUGAAUGAUGCGCGGACGUUAACGGACGACUCGGCGAACCUGUCGUUCCGCGUUGGAUCGUUCGCGAACACCUUUCGGGAGGAGGUAAACAACCGGACAUAUUUGAUCCAGCGAUGCGAGAGGCGCUUAGGAGGCGAGGAGAUGCUGCGCAAGGAGUCGCGUUGCGCGGCACGCGAUAAACAACCGGAAAACUUACGAACAUGAAGUGAGAGGACAGAGUCUCCAUCAGGGAUGAAAUCCUGACGAGAGAGCAGAGUCUAUCAUCAUGAUGGAACCACCAGUUACGAGCAAGGUCCUACGGGCUCCUAACCUGAAGAGGGGUCAGGAGAACGUCAGGAUUCAGGACAGGAUCAAGCUGGAACGUGUGCUCGGCGUAACCGUGUCCAGCAAUGCAGCCCUGGACUGCGACGCAACCAGCGAGCUGGUCGCCUAUCCUGCUGGCUGCACCGUGGUGUUGUUCAACCCGCGGAAGAACACCCAGGCCCACGUGUUGAACGCUUGUCGCAAAACGGUGACCUCCCUGGCGCUCGCCGGCGACGGUAGACUGCUGGCGACCGGCGAAUGCGGUCACAUGCCGAACGUUCGUGUCUGGGACAUCUCCGAUCCGUACAAUGCUGUGCAGAUCGCCGAGUUUUCCGGGCACAAGUAUGGCAUCAACUGCGUGGCGUUUUCUCCGAGCAACAAGUACGUGGUGUCCGUGGGCUCUCAGCACGAUAUGAUCGUCAACGUCUGGGACUGGAGGAACAAUGUUAAGGUGGCGUCGAACAAAGUCUCGAGCAAAGUGAAGGCCGUCUGCUUCGCGGAAAACGGCAAUUACUUUGUUACCGUGGGCAACAGGCACGUCAAGUUUUGGUAUCUCGAGUACUCGCGCAGCGCCAAGUACAAGGAACCUGUGCCUUUGAUGGGUCGGUCCGCCAUACUGGGCGAGCAGAGGAACAACGAUUUCGUGGACGUGGCCUGCGGCCGCGGGGAAAUGGCGGAUUCCACGUACGCGAUCACCAAAACUGGCCUCCUCUGCGAGUUCAACAACAGGAGGCUGCUGGAUAAAUGGGUGGAGCUUCGCACGAGUAGCGCGAACUGCAUGGCGGUAGGCGACAAGUACAUCUUCAUCGGAUGCGCGGAGGGGAUCGUCAGGUGUUUCAGCCCCAGCAGUCUGCAGUUCGUCACCACGCUGCCGAGGACGCAUUACCUGGGCGUGGACGUCGCGCAGGGCUUGUCCAUCAGCCACAUGUCCCAGCAUCCCGCGAACGCGAGGUACCCGGACGCCAUCGCGCUCGCGUUCGACGAGCGCAACAACAAGCUGACCUGCGUCUACAACGACCACAGCAUCUACGUGUGGGACGUGCGGGACAUCAGGCGGGUCGGCAAGUCGCACUCGUUCCUCUACCACUCGGCGUGCAUCUGGGGCGUCGAGAUGUACCCGACGGGCUCGGAGUCCGUCGACGCGAUGCCGGCCGGCAGCUUCAUCACCUGCUCCAGCGACGACACCAUUCGCGUGUGGAACCUGGAGAAGGACGUGUCGCCGAGCGACACGCUCUACAAGCGGAACAUCUACAGCAACGAGCUGCUCAAGGUCCUCUACAUCGACCCCGAGCUGACCUACCUGAAAGACUUGGACCUGGCCGCGGCCGGCUCCACGGAGAAGAGCGACGCCUCGUACGACGGCCGCAACGGCGUCCGCUCGAUCAGAGUCAGCCCGGACGGCAAACACCUGGCGUCCGGGGAUCGGUCCGGCAACAUCAGGAUCCACGACCUGUCCUCCCUGGAGGAGCUCUAUCUGAUAGAGGCGCACGACGCGGAGGUGCUCUGCCUCGAGUACUCCAAGUUCUCCCGGUACUCCGCGGACCCGCCCAGACUGCUGGCCAGCGCCUCCAGGGACCGGCUGAUACACGUGUUCAGCGUCGACCAGGGCUACAACUUCUCGCAGACGCUCGACGACCACAGUUCUUCCAUUACCGCCGUCAGGUUCUUCAAUCAGAGCAGCCAGAGCAAUCAGAUACAGAUGGUGUCCUGCGGCGCCGAUAAGAGUAUUAUUUUUAGACAGCUGCAAUCGACGCCGGGCGGUAUGCCUCAGUUCGCCAGGGGCCACAACGCUCAGGGAAAGACCACACUGUACGACAUGGAGGUCGAUUCCGGGCAAAAGCACGUUCUAACCGCCUGCCAAGAUAGGAACAUAAGGGUUUACAACGUGGCCACCGGCAAGCACAGCAAAACCUUCAAGGGAUCCGUCGGGGAGGACGGGUCCCUUAUCAAAGUCGUCCUAGAUGCAUCGGGAAUCUACGUAGCUACCUCGUGUACAGAUAAGACGUUGUGCGUGUACGAUUAUUAUAGCGGCGAGUGCAUGGCGACCAUGCUCGGCCAUUCGGAGCUGGUGACCGGACUGCGCUUCAGCCCGGACUGUCGGAACCUCGUGUCCGCCAGCGGGGACGGCUGCAUAUUCGUGUGGCGCGUUCCUCGCGACAUGGUGGUGACCAUGCAGGCCCGCCUCGCUCAGCAGGCGAUGCGAGCUGGAAAGAGGCCGCCCCAGGUGAACGGCACGGGAAUAGACGUGCAGUUGGACAACGAGACUUUCGGAUCGCCGCCGCCCGAAUUCCUAGAUCCAAACGCGAAUCCCACGCCGCAGAGCGUGGGCGUGGAUUAUAGGUUCAGCGUGGGCCAGCUGCCGCUUUGGGCGAAGAAGCAGAUAAACACCGCGAACGCCGACGAGACGACGACCCUCGGCUCGAACCCCAGGUCCUUGGGCGUCGACCUGCCGAAGGGCAGAUGGGCGCAGAGGGUGCAGCAAGGCGACGGCAUAACCGUCAAGUCCGUCUACGACAGCGACGAGGUGAUACCGUUCCCGCCGCCUCGCGGCGCGAUCGACUCCGACGGCGGCGGCGGCGGAGGCGGCUCCAAGGACAGCUCGAUUGACAGCGGGACGGAGACCAAGUGCAGCAGCGACUACCGGAGGGAGACCAUCAUCAUCAAGAGGGACGAGGACGAGAAUGUGUUCCAACCUUGUCCGGAUAGUUACAGAGAACUAGCGGACGACACGAAACAGGUGAUCGGUGGUAACGUGACGGUAACUAGAGGUAGCAAUAUCACGGAAUUGACACGUCAGUCGAGGAGUCGGCAUCAUACCGACGACAGCAGUCUUGGCAGCUUUAAAUUCGAGGAUCACGAGAGCACGGAGCACGACGGCGACGUGGAGGAUUACUCCGAAGGGGAGAACGGGACCACUGGUUCCGAAAAGUCCCAUCACAGACUGAUGUAUUAUCCUGCUCCGGAGGACACGAUAUCGAACCAGUUCACUGUAAACGCGAUGGACGUGGAAGAACUCAGGAGAUCUCAGAGGCGACAAAAGAAACCCAGGAACGGAGAGAGCGGUCGGAUCAGCGAGCUGACCGCGUCCGGUAGCCAAGACGACUCGGAUUCCGAAGGAGGAGCGUCUACCCCCAGCGCCGAAAGAAAUCCCCUGUCCAUCUUGUCAGAAGCCAGCUCGGAAGGUUUCGACCAGCUAGCGAAGCAAAGCCAUCGCGAGAAGUACCUCAAGAACGCAUUCGAAUCUCUCAGCGGGGCUGAAGAGCCCACCAACAGAAGCCCGAAAACGACUAGCAUCAGUUCACAGUUCCACGGAAGACUCAGCGGCGGCGGCGCCGGCGCCGACAGCACAAGCAACAACAAGGUUCGCAACCAGGCAGUCGUGAACGCGACGAAACAGGCGAGAGGGGACGCGGACGUGACGAAGAAACGCGAAGAAUUGCAGAGGAGAAUAGAGGAGACCAGAAGGAAAUUGCAAAGCGUAGGGUACAAGUCCUCGUUAAAGUCCAGCCAAAGCAUAUCCGACUUGAGCAGCCAUAUACCGGAGAAGCAUCAUCGUUCGAACAGGCUGAGCACAGGUAACAACAAACCCGGUCAACAGACACAAUACUCGAAACCGAUAAAUCCUUGCAAACCAAUACCGAACCCAAAGCCUCCGUUAAAACCUCAACAACUCAUUAACAAAGUGUCGGGUGUGGGGAAUGCGCUACCUAAGCUAGAUACUACUCCAAUCUCCGAGAACUGCUUGUCCAAAAGUCAGACUACGUCGUGUAUAAGCGACAAGACGAGACCGUCGCUUACUCGCCCGUUAACGUUGACCCUGAAAAAAACUGAAAAGUAUAAGCUGUCACUGAAUAAGCCGAAUCAGUCGUUGCCCGAGUCGCCCGUGUGCGAGGAGCUGAAACUCCUCAAGGAACAGUGCAAGAAAAACGUCAGUCGGUUCGCGAGGUUCGCCCAGAAGAGGCGGUCGUGCAGCUAUUUUAUCGGUCUGAACGACAACGAGGAGGACAUGGAGAACAUAGCGAAGUCGUUCGAGAGCCUGCCGGCGAUGAACGAGCGCAACAUCGAGACCCUGAACGACGCGUUGGACGACGCCGACGACGGGAACGGGAACUUCAGCGACGACUCGUUGGAAGGCGACUUCAAGAAUCCGCCCCGACGAUGCGUCAGCGACUACCAGAUCAACGUUCACAUGGACAGCCACCACGACGGACACAGAGCUUACUCCAACUAUCAGACUUUCCCGAAGCGGAUACUCACCGGGUCGCAGGAGAGCAUCCUGUCGGACGCGUCGGUCGAGUCGUUCUCGAAGGGAAGCGCCGAAAUUCUCGAUUACAGUCACUACGACAACGAUCGACACUCCAGCGCGAGCUUCUUCCUGUCCCGCCGUAAAAUGCAGGCAGGCCGAAGCCAGGAGAGCAUCCUAACCGACGAGUCCGAUUACCAGAUGUUCCCGUUGCACGAGAACAUGGACCACCGAAGCACCGAGAGCGUGCUGACCGACGACUCGGACUCGCUCGUCAAGUCCGCGCCCCUGGAGAUGCUGUUCGACUCCCAUUACAAGCGGAAGAGGCAGAACUCGGAAACCUACAGCGGCAAUCCGAACAACGUUCUAGAGCCCUCGAACGACGUUCAGAAUCCGGUGAACGACUCGACGGCUUGCCGAGCGGUCUUCAGAUCCAAGUCCCUCCAGGACACGAGAAUAAGCAAAGCGAAGAACGAGAACAAUUACCCCGAGGACGGAGUGCGGCCAGCCACUUGCAUCUACUACGAGUUCAAUUUCAACGAGCAGGACAACGCCAACGUGGAAAUGAGAAUGGGAACCAAGUCGGACACUAUGCCGAGGAGCAACAGCUUGAAGGUGCCAAAGGAGCCGCAGUCGAUGCUGUUCCUCAACGACUUCGUAGCCCACAAGCCGCCGAAGCCGAAGCGCAACUCCGCUCGCACGCAGAGCAUGCGGAACAGAGCGCGUCCCGCCUGGAACAAGUACAACGUCGACGCGCCGACCAAUUCCUCUCGGCCGAAGUCGGAGUCCGACGAGUACGGGAGCCAGUCGCGAGCAGACGGCCGUUCCGCGCGGAACGACUCCGGCGGUAAAGCCGACGCGGCGAGUACUCUGGAGAACUCGAAGAGGAUCGAGCAGUUCCUGCAGUCGCCGGCCUAUUCGUUGCAGUUCACCGACAACGCGGACCCCAAGACCAAGUUCUACAGCCUGCAGAACCGUCGCGCGGACAAGUGUAUGCUGUACGAGGCCGGUGGCCCGAUGGACAAUUACGGUUUCGAGGCGAACGACCCGCCCCAUCGGGACUGCGACACCGGCGAGGAUCAAAGGGACAACUCGCACGUUUGCUGUUACGAGAACCAGAUCCCGACGAAGGACACGCAAGAAACGUACGACUCGCUGGAGCCCGGCGGCGUGCCGUGCGACCUACAGACGCCCGGAAUGCAAACAACCGCGAAUCUACGCUCGAACGAACGCAUCGACAACAUGGACGUGGACCUGAGGAUCACGCGGGCGAUCGAGGGGACCGUGAAGCUGCUCUCGAGGGAGUUCGAGAACUUGGUCAGGCGGGAGCAGUACUUCAUGAAAGAGAAAUGUCUGAGGAUGACGCAUUGCCAAGAGGCCAGCGAGAACUUCGCGAAACUGGAGGCAGAGCGGGACAGUAGAAUCGCGAUGAGACGCGACAUCAGGCUGCACUCCGGCGGGGAGGACAGCGACUGGGCGGACACGUCCGCGAUAGACAGGUCGGUGAUGGAGAGCGGCUCGUCCACGUCCGCGUCCAGCUGCACCAACUCGCCGAAGAGAAUGUGGCCGCCAGCUUCGCGGUGUCAGAGCCACAUGAAGUGGACGAAAACCUUGCCCACCAUUAAUCAGGCUAUAAUACCAUCCAAGCAUCUUUACGCAGUUUCAGGAAAAGUAGGUAAUAAGAAUGCGAGCGCAUCCGCGCGAAGUGGACUAGGAAACGCGAAUAGCGGAAACCAGUCUCGGCACGGUUCGGCGAAGAAUCAUUCUUCCCAUAUAACCAGAAGCAGCAGCGUCGGCGUCUUGAAUCAGAGCGAUUCCGAAUCGGACGUCGGAGCUGGCACCGGAAGGGGAUGGAACAACCAAACCGCGAAUAGCAGGAUCAGCGGAUUGAUGAGACCGACCAUCAGCUCGCAGAAUAAGAUCAAUCAUCAAAUAAAGACCAGCUCCUCUUCCAACAGCAAUUUACCAUCGGUCCUCAGGAGGAGAGGCAUGCAGGGAGCGUAUUCGAGUGUAAAUCUAAGUCAAGUGGGUAAUCAAGAAGAUUCGAGUUCGGAGGACACGUCCUCGAAUGGGAACGGGGGUAAGCCUGCGCUGCCUCCCAGACCUCGAAGCAUCAGUAUUGAUCAUUCUACUGCGAACUUAAGUCUACCCGGCACGACAGUGAGAAGAUCGGGAUCGACGACUGUGAUCGCCAACGGCCGCAACGGAAGCAAUUCGAUAGGACAGAACGCCGGGAGGAUAUCGACGGCCAACAGGAGUCAGUUGGAUCCCAGUCCUCAGGAGCUGCCAGUCAAAGAUACCGACCGUGCCAUCGAUGUAGCCAGUGCCGAAUUAGGCACGGACAAAACAUUAGUGUCGACGCAGCUGUGCAACACGAUCGCGGACGACCUGACGCGGACGGCGGACAACGUGGUGCAGCUGUACAAGCGUCUAACGAUAGACAAAGAGGACGAGGGGGCGAGCAUCGACAGGGACACGAUGCUGCGCGGCCUCCAGUCUUCCGUGAACGAGACGAUGCGCACGUUGCGGCUGGUGGUCGCCGGUGGACAGGCGAGCGUCGACGGAUCGUCGGCGACCGGCACCGAGAGCGUGGUCGUCAACGAGGCGACCGCCACUUUCCAAGAACUGCUCGCCGGCCAGGAUCAGGGUAAGGUGGUCAACAUGAUGCAGCAGUACUCCGAGCUGCUGCUGACCAUGAUGCAGCAAAGGAUGGGGGGACCGCAGUCGAGCCACACGUAAAAUCCGUCCAUCUGCGAGUUCUCCGGGGUGAACAACGAUCGGGACACGUCCCACCGUGAUGCCACCGACGCCCGCGCCCCUAACUACUAAACGUGUUUCUUCCCUUGCGCGGGAGGUGCUCCUAUACUCUCCUCGUCACUCCUAUUGUCUUAUCUCGAACCCCUCUCGGUUGGUCUCUCCAGAAGUCUGACGCGGUCAGUCGACGAGCUGAACGGGAGACGACGUCGCGCUGUAGAUUUUAACGCUAGAACUGUCGAGCGACUCGAGCAACGUGUACUGCGGGCUUACUGAGGAACAGUCGUCGAGUAUUAAGAUGUAUUUUAACGAGCGUUACGGAUAGAAUAUUACAUGAUACUUGAAGACGAAGGGAAAAUGCCGAAAUUUCAAAUGGCUCGUCAAUAUUAAAUGCGUCCAGGUAUCGUUUAAUAUCGUAUUUGUAAUACCAAUGCAACGCUGCGUUGUUGAGGCUUCUCGAGACUUUUGUUGCACGCUAUUAAAGCAAUGUUGGAUUCACCGGACGAUUCAUUUUCUGUAACUUCACUGUGUAACUUCUCUGCGGAUGUAUCGAGGAAAAUACUUUUAAAUUUUGUCACCUCCAGGAAGAUAGUUCUCUUUUGGUCCUGAAGCGUUGACAGCCCAAUCGUUCUAGCGUUAACCCUACGAUCGUCGGAGAAUGUCAACCGAUCGUGGGGAACACAGCAGUUCCGCAAACUUGGAAAUUCCUGAAUGAAAAUCCCUCGUUCCGAGGAACGAGUAGCUUUCGGCUCUCCGACGAGAAGUUUGAGAUUGGAAAGACGAGCGUGCGCGUUCCCUUCAGCCCACGAUCCGUCUGGCGAAGAAAGGCUCUGGCGGAGCUUCCGAGAAUACUAGAUGAGCCGAGUCGAAAUCGGUAGUCGUGAAUAUCGUGUGUAAGUACGUGUACCGGACGGUGUUUGUAGCCAAAGUUAGCGAAUAUUUAUCAACUGUUUCGCGGACGUUCGAACGGGCUAAUUCCCAGCGAUCCGACACGAACGUGGCGCCACGUUUCGGGCCGAUCGUCGAACCGAUCGUCGAACCGACCGGAGGGAUAAGCAAUGGAAAAUCAGCUGCGUGAAACUCACUCGUAUCUUGAGGCCAUACGCCGUGAAAUGCCAAUUAACUAAAGACUCUUAGAUUAGCUAUCAGACCGAGUAUACAUAUAUAUAUAUACAUAUAUAUAUAUAUAUAUUUAUCGACUAAUGCGCGAUAUUAUAUCAUAAUAGUCUUCUUGUUGUGUAACCAAAGGCUGUCUGUACCUACGGUCUAAAAGGAGCCUCCCUUCCUUCCCCCGGCGUUCGGAGAACUUCGGCACGGCGAAAUUGUAAUUAAGAAUGAGCAGCGAGCGGUGCAAACUUGCCAGCACGAACGAGACUAUAUAGAAUUCCUAGCCGUUAGGCGACGCGUUUAGACGAACGAUGAAGGAAACUGAUAGGGCUUCGUAGUAGGGCUUGUCCGGUGCGUCGCGGGUAGGGUUCGAAUCGUGUGUGAUUUUAUAUUCCCAAAUCGAUGCGCGAAACGGAACAACUCAGUUCCUUGCUGAUUCCACUUGGUCAGAUACACGCGGUAGAAUAGAACUCUCCCGACCGUUGAACUAUAAACUAAACGCCAAAAAAAAAGACCUGUAUGGACGGAUUUGAACGAUAGAUGCGAGGAAUUCAGUUCUCUUGGACGGAUCGAUUCGAGUCGCAGUCGGCAUUGAACUCGCAGAAACUCUGCUGCAUAGCGAUCGCAUAUUUUGUCAUAGGGAUUACAAAUAUUUUUACACCGUGAUUUAACGUUGAGAGACGAAGGACAAAGAGGAAACAAAUGAUGCUGAUCAUGAAGAAGAAGAGGACGAAGAAGAAGAAGAUAAUGAAGAAGAUAAUGAAGAAGAUGAUGAAGAAAGGAAAUAGUUCCAAAGCGUCAUAAACUUUCGUUGAAUCGUUGCACCGGGUUCGAAGUCGAUACGCUCUUCGCUCUGCAUCGAGGAAUUAGAGUAUUACGAACACGUAUUAUCGUUAAUGAAUUUUCACACGUGAGUCGCCAACACGUGCGCGGUUCGGUUUCUCCUUCUCCUCCAGCCCUGUCCCUCAUUGUUCGAAUAUCGCCCUUGGUUUUCUGACAUCCUCUCUCUCCGUAGAGUUAUUUCGGAUUGUAUGUAAUGUAUAAAAACGUGCCAUUUAGGUUUAUAACGAUCGAUCGUCGUUCCCGCGCACUCCGUCCGCGAGAGACGUGUUCGUUGCUUCUUUAGCGUGUCGUUCAUCCUCAUCGAUAGAAACCUUGUAACAUAUCUUCAGUCUCACGUUCGCGCGAAUAUUCGAAAGCUUGCUUCGGGUCGGUUAUGAUAAUUUAUACAGUUGCACCGGAUGAAACGAGCCAGGGAUCUCUCUCGCGCGAUGAGACGCGAGAUCGUAAUAUUGUAGGAUUCAAACGUGAGAUCGGUUGUGCUACGAGCUCGCGAUUCGUCGCGCGGGAGGCUCUCCUUAGCUUUACCUUAGGAGGUACGCGACCGAUUCGCGGAAAUCGUUGUUUUCCUUAGAACGGUUCAGACCGGUCCGUGUUUUCCGCCUUUCUACCUGACCGUGUAACCACCUUUCUCUGUUUGUCUGUUUUUCUCAGAGGUGAUUUUAUUCCUGAAUGAUACGGGUCAACACCUUAGCCGCCCUCUUCCGAACAUUUCCCGCUCAGCAGUGGAAGCAAUAAGUACCUAACGUUAAAACUGUCGUGACCGCAUUGUAACCUACUAGAGAUUAAUUUGCUUAUAAUCAAAAGUAUCAGUUAUCGCGUGUGCCUCGUUCGAGACGCACGUAGUCACGCACAGGCGUCACAACUGAUACCGUUCAACCUUAUCGAUUCAGAGAACCGUUUCACGAAAUCGAGGCCGACCGCUGGCUUCGACGGUGAAGGUGUUGAUCGCGUUUUUAAUAUAUCAUUGCAUACCCGUAGAGACUACGCUAUUUUGUAUUCGACAUCAGCAUUCUCGAACGCAUCGAUCGCCAAUCCCAUAUUUGUCAUCGUCGUUAUCAUCGUGUCCGCGUGUAAAAUCGU